ACCGGCUUCAAUUUGUUUGAUUUCGCACCCUUCCACUUGAUCGAGGGUCUUAAGGCGAAAUCAAAUUUCCAUCUCCAUCACGCUGAUUAUGGCGAUACAAGGGCUGAGCGCUGAACGUUGAACGUUGAACGGUGGUAUAUCUAGCACGAACGCUAUCGUUAUACACCACUGACAUUCCCCACUCGCUCACCCAUCCCUCGAACAUGACUUACGUCUCAAAUGAUCCCAGUUCGUGGCCACAUAUCAGUUCAACUAUUUUUUUCAGCUAUUGGACAAUUGCUGCUGGCGUGGUGGUGAUAUACGAUUGGGUCUUAACACUCGGACAAGAGAUUGAACUCAUCUGGAGACAACGAUGGUCUCUCAUGACUGUGCUAUAUUUGAUUAUACGCUAUAUUGGAAUACCAUUUUCUGUUGUCAAUGUUCUGAGCACUAUCGCGUACUAUGCACUGAAUGGGACAAUUUUGGCUUUGACUGCCAUGUUGGGCGUCAUCAUGAUUGCCCGGUUGUAUGCCAUGUACCAGGGAUCUAGAACGAUGCUUAUGUUCCUUGUUAUUAUCUUCCUGGCUGUAAACAUCACCUGCGGAGUGAUCGCGGUAAUAGGACUCGACGAUAUUGUAGGGGAGGAGCUGAUACUCUCUGGCAUCCAUAUGUGCGGUUUUGAACCUGAAUGGAACGAGCGGCUUCUGUUUUCAAUGGUUUGGAUCCUCAACACUGUUUGGGAGGUCCUCGCACUGUGUCUUUCAGUCUGGAUUGCUGUGAAACACUUCCGUGGCCAGCGACGACUCGGCCCAUCGACAGGAUCGACCAUCGGGGACUGUUUCAGAGUGCUUAUACAAUCUCAUGUUCUUUAUUUUGCAAGCUUUGUUGGUGUCUCUUGCUUCCAGCUUGGUAUUCUCUCUGCAGAACUCUCGAAUCCAGAUUCUAUUGGAACUGAGACACUCGAAGGUGCUCGUGAAAUUUUAUCGAUCGUGCAGAUGUUUUUACUGGGACCACGCCUCAUCCUCAGCGUUCGAGAAUACAAUGCCAAACUCGUGGCAUAUUCCGACGCAGAAACUAGCAUGAAUUCGAUUGUCUUCCAGGAGCGUGUACAUGUAUCAACUAGCAGUACUGUGUAG